GAUGGCGGAGGAGGAGGCAGCCGAGAGAGAGCGCGGCACAAGGGGAGAGACGGCGGCCCUCAGAAAGCGCUUCAACGACUUGAACGCUGCUUUACGGGACAGCGCCGAAUCACCGUUAGAUGCCUCCGCUAGUUUCUGCCAAGAAUUCUGCCAGAUACUUGUGGAAUAUGGAGGCCAAUGGAAGUCUGAGGAAGAUCCACUGCCUUUACUGGAGAUGUACACAGUGGCUAUACUAUGCUUUGCCGAAGCCACCCCCUCUCUUUUUCCCGAAUGUGAACAUGUCACAGUUGUACUUGAAAAGUUAGCCUUGACUUGUCUGGAUUUACUGCUAUCACACUCCGAGAAGGUCCCAGGUGCCUUAUGGGAAGAUUUUCAGUCCUCUGUCAAGGUGGCGCAUGGUAUCCUUGGGGCAAAUGGGAAUUUUCAGCUUAGCACAUUGAUGGUUCUAGCUGAAGAAAGUGGUGUUUGGAACAAUGCCACGCUGUGUAGCCUUCUGUCAAACAGUAUGCCAGAUGCUGAAAAAGUUCGUGAGUUUCUGACUCGUGAAGGACCUACACUACUCGACAUGCGUAUAAAGCACCUUAUUAAACAGAAGUGUGUUGAAAAAGCUGCAGUGCUUGCAAAGACAUGUGCAGAGUUUCCAGAAUUUGGUGGAAAGAAGAAUUUCAAACAGAUCUACCUUGUAUGUCUGUGUGAGACAAUGCCUCAGCUAGAGCUCAUGCAAGAGAUAAAAGAGAUGGACUGCAAAGAUGCUCUGGAAAUGAUUUGUAACUUGGAAUCUGAGGAAAAUGAAAAAGGUGCCCUUAGCCUUUGCACUGCUUUUUUGAAGCGCCAACUUCUCCAAGGGGAUGUUUAUUGUGCCUGGGAACUGACGUUGUUUUGGAGUAAGCUUCUAAUACGUCUUGAGUCAACACAAGCUUUUUUGGAUCAAUGCCGACUGUUAGCACAAUUGUCUGGGAGUGUUUAUCACAUACUUCUCCUCAUCAAAGUUAUUCAAGCAGAGGUCCAGAAUGAAGGACUUCCGGUGUGCAUUGAAAUGUGCAUUCAGGCUCUAAAAAUGGGCGUGAGUGGCACUGAAGAUUGCAGUACAACUAUUUGCAAAACUAUCUCUUGCUUGUUGCCAUUAGAUUUGGAAGUAAAACGAGCUUGUCAGUUAACAGAGUUCCUUGCGAAGCCCACUGUGGAUUCUUACUAUGCUGUUGAAACGCUGUUCAAUGAACCUGAUCAAAAGAUUGAGGAGGAAAGUCUCCCGAUUCCAAAUUCAUUACGCUGUGAUCUCUUGUUGGCCUUGAAGACGCAGUGGCCUUUUGAUCCUGAGUUCUGGGACUGGAAAACUUUGAAGCGUCAUUGCCUUGCUCUGAUGGGGGAGGAGGCAUCAAUUGUGUCAUCCAUUGACAAGCUGAAUGACAGUGAGGACAAUGAAGGACUGCUGGACUCUGAAGACAGAGAUUUCAAACAUCUGGACUUUCUCCUCGGUCCAACAGAUGAGUUUCGUGACAUUGAAGCCGAAAGGAAGAAAAAACGAGAUAUGAAAAAGUUGAGAGAGAGGGGAUUUGUGUCAGCAAGGUUUCGCAACUGGCAAGCUUACAUGCAGUAUUGUGUAUUGUGCGAUAAGGAGUUCCUCGGGCACAGGAUUGUGAAGCAUGCACUCAAGCAUGUUCAAGAUGGUAUAUUCCGCUGUCCAAUAUGUGCUAAUGCAUUUGAAACAAGAGCGAUUCUGGAGCCUCAUGUAGCCACACACGUAAAACAGUCAUGCAAAGAACGACUCGCUGCUAUGAAUGCAAAACAGAAACAUCCCUCAAAAUCCUUCUUGGGUAACAGUAAACAAGACCGCAUCAGAUCUGUAAAAGUUGGGCUGAACAUGUACCCUAACUUUGCAGGAUCUUCAAACACUAUUUCUAACCCUGCUGGAAAAGUCAAAAGUAAAAUAUACUGUCCAAAACCUGGGAACCCUGUACGUGAUGUUGAGAACACUGAAGACUGUUCCUGUCCUGUUACAAGCUGCCAGAAAGUUUUCAAGUAUUUCAGAAACUUGGUUGCACAUGUUAAGGCCCACAAAAAUGAAGAGGAAGCUACACAUUUUCUUGAAAUACAGAGCCAGAGAGCAAUUUGUCAGUAUUGCCGUCGACAGUUUGUUAAUGUCACUCAUCUUAAUGAUCACUUGCAGAUGCAUUGUGGUGAAAAGCCAUAUUUUUGCAUUCAGCUGGGAUGCAAAUGUAGCUUUCACUCUCAUGCAGAACUUCUCAUGCACAGAAAAGUGCAUACAGAAUUCCAGGCACAGUGUAUGUUUCCAAACUGUGGGAGAAUAUUCAAUGAGGCUUACUUACUGUAUGAUCACGAAGCACAGCACUACAUCACAUUUACCUGCAAAAACAGUAACUGUGGCAAGGUUUUCUACUCUCUGUCUCAGCUGAAUUUGCAUCAGAAAGACCAUACAAAGCAAGGGGAUACUGAUUCCGAUGACUCGAGAUUUCAAGGUGAAGUACCAGACCAGAGAUGCUUCAGUCUAGAUUGUUCUUCAAACCAAGUUGAAGUUCAAAAUGAUUCGACUGAACUUCAAGUUCAACAACCUGUUGAGGGCAUGUUAAAUUCUAUUCAUGACUCUGUUAAAGAGCCUGAGUGUUCUUUCUCUUUCACAGCUGAAUCAUCCGUUACACAUGAUCAGUCGCCAGCUAAGGAUCCUUCUGUUGCGCAUUCUGAUGAGAAGACCCAGACUCCAGAAACAGCUUGUGUGAAGCAGUCUGGUGUAGAUGGUGCAGCCCAGUUUCAUCUUGUAUCAUGCUACAUUAAAUUGGAACCUAUUCGAAUCAAGUAUGAUGAUCCUAUUUUCUUGAACGCUCUUAGGAGUUCUGAUUCUGUGGCUCAGUCACUGUUCCAAGAUAAGAAGCUGUUUUCCUUUACAUGGAAACCGCACAAAUCUCCUCAAAAGACAUCUGAUUUACAAGGUCAGGUGACGCCAAAUGCAGGUCCUGAGUCAGAGGCACAGAAUACUCUGGCAAACGGAGAAGAUGGUCUCAUUCAUGCUUGUCCUUUUGAGACCUGCACACGGAGAUACAGCACUACAAAAAGUCUGUCAAGACAUGUUAAAAAUGUGCAUUUUGAUGCAUUUGAAGAGUGGAAACUCUCAAGGAAGUACAAGAGGAUUGCAGAAAUUGCUGCAAAGAAAUCUGAUCACAAAAAUGCCAGUUUUCAGACUCCAAAGAAAAAAAUAAAACCAUCUAACAUGGCAAAGCCGCAGCAGUAUCCAGAAACCAGUCAAGUGAAGUUUCCAGACUCUGUGACUACAGAGCAUUUUUCACCUCCUCCUGGUACUAUCAACGCACAGUCUCUUGGUGCCAAAUUGUGCCCCAAGUUUGAAAACUCUCAAAGUGAAGCUCCAUUAACUCAGCCUGCAUUAAUGCAGUCACAGAUGUCUCAUUCAUGGACCUCAAAUUCAUUUGAUGGCUAUAAUUCAGACUACUCCCUUCAGAAUCACUUCCCUUCAAUGAUCAUACCUGACAGUUUGCAGAAUUACCCUUUAUACGUGCCCAACACUGAUCUGCUGUCAGAAAGAGAAAUGGACUUUACUUCUUCUUUAACUGAUGAUGGCAAUACCCAUACCACAGUAAACACAGAUUCGCACUCAAGUGUGCUGAAUGAAGCCUCUAAAUAUGUGUCAAGCUCUCUGAGGGUUUUGCAUGCUCUAAAUGGUGAUCAGACAUGUGAGAUGGCACAGGGAUCCUCAAGUGAAGAUCUUGGAUACAUGGAGAUGAGGCAGAAUCAUCACAAUGUGAUUCCUCCUAGUGUCAGUGAUUUACAUGCAUCUGUGUCUGAACAGAAUUUUAGUCCUUACUUUUCAUCUUACCCAGCAGAGACAUGCCCCAGUUCAGUACAGCCACUGGACAAGACGGACAAAGAAUUCACAGUUAACAAUACUGAUCCUUUGUUUUCGUCAGACAUGAAGAACAUAGUUGGUCUUGCAUUACCAUCACCUGUUUGCAAGGAGGAACCAGAAAGUUUCUCUGUUUCAAGUGUCGACACAGCAGCACUGCAGAAUGAGCAGAAUCCUGAUUUACUUGCUCAAGAAAUGUCUCCAGUCCCAACUGAAGGCAUAUCUCCCGAGGACAUGAGUGUUACCGGUGUUGAUGAAAGCAAGAAAGCAAAGAAAAUUAGAUCGUCAAAGAGGACAAAGUGGCCUGCAAUAAUAAAAGAUGGAAAAGUCAUUUGCUGCAGGUGCUACAGAGAGUUUUCUAGCACAAAGUCACUUGGAGGUCACUUGUCGAAGCGUUCUCAGUGCAGACCAAUAGAUGAAGUAGAUCUCACUGCUGACUUGCCUACAUCAUUUCUUGAUUUCCUGAAUGAUCCUGAUAUUUCAACUAUCCAAACAUCUCUUACAAGGAAUGAUGUGCAUGGCCAACAUUCAGAAUCGGAUGUACUUAACAGUGACAACUUUGCAGAGAUGCAUAGCCCACAUUACAAUGUUCAGAAUGGUGAUCUGUCAUCAGCAGACUCUUUCAAAAUGACAUUCAUGGCACCUCCUGGUCAAAGUGGAAGUUCUUCAAACAGACCAUCGCUUACAGAUUUGACAGCUGGUCCAGAUACUGGUACCGAAAGGAGUUCUGAGGCCGAAAUGCUUCCUACUCACUUUGGUGAAGAUGGUAAAAUUUUAGAGAUUGAAAGAGCGUUGCAACGGCUAGAUUUAGUAGAUGUGCUCACCCAAGACGCAUUAAAAGUUGGGACAACUGCCUUGCAAGACACAUUAAAUGUUGGGACGACUGCCUUGCAUAAUCUUAUGCCUGACACUGAAAUUGCCAAGAAGAGAAGUACUGAAACUAAAAGUCAGGGAGACGCUGAUCGUAAGAACAUCCUCAAACCCUUCAGAUGUAGUGAAGAAGGCUGUAUCUAUGGUGCAAUGACGAAGGAAGCGCUGUUCAAACAUCUAAGCAGGGUACAUGACUUCACUCAGGACAUGAUAAAUGAACUGAAGAAAAAUCCAGACAAAUUAUCGCCAUACACCUGUCAUUUGUGCGCAAAGACAUUUACUAGAACCACAGGCCUUAAAAUCCACUAUAAAAAUGUCCAUCACUUAUCAAAGGAGGAGCUGUCUCAGUUGAAAAUUGGCCGCGAACGUAAAAAAAGAGAAGAUUCUGUCUCUGAUUUAAAAGAUUCAAGUAACAGCCUGGCCAGUAGUCAGACACCCAGUUUUUCACCUGUCUGCGUCGCUCAAUCUACAUCAAGUGCAGUUUUUAGAGUGGCAGAUCCUGCUGCUUCAGGAAGAGAAAUAGCAGAUUUGACAAGAGAAAAGCAGUGCCCUAAACUUGAACUUGUAACUGACAGACCAAGCUGUAUUGCUGCAAAUGUGCCACAGAAAAAUUCUGGUCUUGGUUUGAUACCAGAAAAAGCUGAGAAAUCACUACAAGUCCCUUACCAUACAGGAGAUAACCCAAGUGUGCAGUUUGCAUCCACUGAUGAAAAGCAAGAGCUGUUAGCUGGAAACUCUGUUCCUCCUGGCAAACCCAGUCAUUUGGGACAAACUGGCAAAGCCACAUCCACACUUGUUGGAGAAUUCUUAGCAGAAAAAAGGGAAACGCCAAAAAAGAAGAAAUCAAAGGGGAAGGUAGAGUCCCUUCAAAGAAUAAAAAUAGAGAAAAGACUUCAAGACGACGCUGAUUUAAACGAAAAAGGUGAUGACAUCAGUCUGUACAGACCAUACCGCUGUGUCCAUGAAGGAUGUGUAGCUGCUUUCUCUAUACAGCAAAAUCUGAUCCUGCAUUACAGGGCAAUGCAUCAGUCAGAGAGUGCAGGGGAAACGAAUAAAGAAAAAGGUAGCACUUGUAAUAAAGCUGAGGGUGCUGUUCAGGUCCAUGAAUUCAAAUGUCAAGUCAAAGAGUGUUCAAAGGUUGUAUCCAAAGUUACCAGCUUACUAAAGCAUUAUCUUUUGCUUCACAGAUGUACGCUAGAAAAAGCAAGUGCUUUGCUGUCAGGUGUUGAGGUAGGCACAUUCCAGUGCGAUCAGUCGAAAUGCCCUGCUUACUUCACCUGCCACCUGAAGUACAUUGAUCACAUUAAAAAUGAUCACAAGGCAAUAAGAGUCUCAGCAGAUGGUGAUUUUGAGAGUGUGGACCUCACAUUUAAGUGUGAAUGUGAGGGUUGUGAUAGGGUCUAUACCACCAAGUCAAAUCUUCUUCGACAUCUCAUGAAAAAACAUCAUGCAACCUUUGAAGCCAUUAAACAGAAACAAAAAAAUGGUGAGGGAGAAAAUGGACCAACAAAAACAGUCAGUGCAAACCCCAACAAUGGGAAAGAAAACAUUGCAAGUAACAAAAUUAAACUGAAGAAGAAAAUGGCUAAGAAAAAGGAGGAAAAAGGACGUAACCAUUGGACAAGCUUUGGGAAGCCUUCGCUCAAGUCCUUGGAAGAGGCGUCUGCCAUGUGCACCGGGAAGUUUCCUCUGCAGUAUCCCUGUAUGAUUGUGGGCUGUGACGCAGUCUUGAGUGCAGAGCGGCAUAUAUUCAAUCAUUACACCACUCAUGGGCUCACAGAGCGAUACAUAGAGGAUCAGAGGAGCCAUUUCAUAUUUUGCAAGAAGAUGUCACGAUUGCGGCUCAAAGACAUCAAUAAAACUGACGAUGCUUCAACAGUGACUGCUGAGGCUGAAAAGGCUGAACCUGAAGAAAAAACUGAAGAAAACUCAUCGAUUAGGUCUCAGGAUCCAGAGCCUCCUAAGCCGGAGCAGCCAGCUAAUGAAAACUCUUCAGCUGUAGCAGUGCCACAAGUGAAACGCAAAAGGGGGCGCCCACGAAAAGCAGAACAGAUGCUAAAAUUCAACCCAGAAAGAAAACAAAGUCUUCGGAACAGUGCUAUCAAUAUUAACCGUGUUGCAAAGCUUUCAAGACUUACAUCAAAGACUGCUGCCCGUCAGGAGGCGUAUGCAGAGGGUGGUGUUGCACAAAAGCUUUUCAGUCCUUCAGGCCUGGAGGCAUCAAUCCUUAAGUUAUUUGAGGAAUCUCCAUCUAGAAACACUUUUAAGAGGAAAAUGAGUGAAAAUGCUCGCUCUGGCAUGCCGUUAAAACGACAACAGUUAAUUCGCCAACGAAAUGCUAGAGUUGGCUACAAAUACUCUGCGGUCCACAAAAAACGAAAUAUUGUUCAUUUCAGAAAUCCUCUCAAGUUGGAGUCUGUGAAUAAUGUUAAGAUUGUUGUGGAUGAGAGCCUCUCCGAUGGUGCUGAUCGUCUGCUGAAACAACUUCAGGACAUGCGGCCAAUGGUCAUUCUGAAGAAGUGGCUGUGCAGUUGAUGACUGGGUUUGAGACUGUUGUCUCUGUCUCUAUUCAAAGCUUUGCACUCAGGACAAGAUAACGUUACAUGCUGCAGACAGGUUACAUCAGAUAACAUUUUAUCAGCGGUUUUCAAAGCAUGAUUUAAUUUGAUUUGGGGAGAUUGGGGGGGAAAAAAGGCAAAUUGUUAUACAAAAUAUUGAUUUUAAAUUUUGAGAUACCGUUAUGUACAUUAGGAUUUAAAUGUUAUGUAGAAACAUUUGUAUUUAUAACGUUAAUUCUCUUUUAAAGAUUAGCGUUUGCUAAAUUUAAUAUUUUACACACAUGCUGAAAUGUUUUGAUAUAUCCCUAUGGGAUUUUUCUUUUUUUAAGUAUAUAUUUAUUUUUUACUUCACUGUAGUGUAUAGUAAUGUAUAUGUCUUCCACAUGAUAUUCAAUAAAAGUAACCUGAAUGCUUUCUGUAA